AUGAAGGAGCAUGGAAAUGAAGAACCUGCCUUUGAGAUUGGGGUGGUAAUUCCCAGGAGGGUUGUGCAGGAAAAAGAUGAAUCCUCCUCUGACUGCGCACGCGUCCUUGUAGAGGAGUUUACGAAGGUGGGGUUUGUAGUUGAGAGAGUUAUUGGCAUUGCAGAUGAGUUUAUCAAGUUGGCUGCACCUUUGGAGACACUGGGGAGGGCUGCAGCUGAACUGCAAAUCAAGAAACGAACUCAUAUUGGUAUGGAUUUGCAAUUUGAGGUGGAGGAGGUCGAAGCUUUUGUGAAACAACCUGAUGGUUCGGUUUUCAGUUGGUGUGAGCGUUUCCAGUGCUACUGUCACUUGAUAUAUGGAAUGGUAAACAACAGCAAGUCAGCCAUAACCCUUGAAUUUGAUGGAAAAGAAAUUCAUUGGGAAAUAGGGGAGAAUCUAAUUCUGAAAUUGGAAUCAGAGAACAUUGUUAAGCAAGUCUUUCCUUUGCAUGAUGAAAAGAAGAGAAAGAAACUUCUCAGAAGUUGGGCACUCCAGUGGUGGGACUUCACAAGUCAGCCAAUCGAUGAGAUUUAUUCAUAUUAUGGGGCAAAGAUUGCAAUUUAUUUUGCUUUUCUUGGAAUGUACACACGGUGGCUGCUCUUCCCUGCUGCAUUUGGGCUUACUUUGCAAUUGAUUGAUUUUGGGUCAUUGAAAUUAGUAAUGCUCCCUGUUUUCUUCAUCGUGGUGAUACUUUGGGCUGUAAUGUUUUCUCAAUUCUGGAAACGUAAAAAUUCUGCACUUUUAGCCAGAUGGCCUAUUAGUAGCUCUGAAGUUGUAACUGACCCAGGCUACAAGAUUCCAGGCAGGAAGGGAAGCUCCCUACAGCCCCCUAUGGAACUCAUAAAAGUAUUUGAGUCUAAUAAAGUAGAAGGGAAGAAAGUAUUCCAGAGAUAUGAGUGGUUUGGGCGUCUCAUGCGAUUCAGAAAUGACGCUCUCAUUAUCUUCAGCAUAAUAUGCCUCCAGUUACCAUUUGAGUUGGCAUACGCUCAUCUUUAUGAAGUUGUUGGUUCUGAUGUAAUUAAGUUUGGGCUCACUGCUAUUUAUCUUUUCGCCAUUCAGUAUAUUACCAAGAUUGGUGGCAAGGUGUCUGUCAAACUUAUCAAGUCUGAAAACAAUGAAAACACAGAAAAACGGGCUGACAGCUUGGUCUACAAGGUGUUUGGUCUGUACUUCAUGCAGACAUACAUUGGAAUUUUUUACCAUGCCCUACUGCACCGUAACUUCUCAACUCUUCGCAAAGUGUUGAUUCAGCGCCUCCUUCUGUCUGAGGUGUUUGAAAACUUGUUGGAAAAUUCAAUUCCUUAUCUCAAGUACAGCUAUAAAAAGUACAGGGUUCGACACAAGAAGAAGAAUGAGAAAGGAGAAUCAACAGAUAAAAUCCAGUUUACUUCUAGAGUGGAGAAAGAAUACCUUAAACCUUCUUACUCUGCUAGCAUUGGUGAGGAGCUUGAAGAUGGUUUAUUUGAUGAUUUCUUGGAGUUGGCGUUGCAGUUUGGAAUGAUUUUGAUGUUUGCUUGUGCAUUCCCACCUGCAUUUGCUUUUGCUGCUGUGAACAACAUUAUGGAAAUCAGGACAGAUGCAUUGAAGCUGCUAGCAAUUUUGAGACGGCCUGUUCCUCGUGCCGCAGCAACAGUAGGAGCUUGGCUUAACAUAUUUCAGUUUCUCAUAUUGAUGUCUAUAUGCACAAACUGUGCUCUUUUAGCAUGGCUAUUUGAUGAGGAGGGAAAAUGGAAAAUAGAGCCUGGACUUGUAGCAAUUUUAAUCAUUGAGCAUGUCCUCUUGUUGAUUAAGUUUGGUUUCUCUCGCUUGGUUCCUGAGGAACCUGCUUGGGUAAGCGCCAACCGUGCAAAACACACUACACAAGCACAGGAUAUGUGUUCUAAGAAGCUUUUGAGGACCAUUUCUGGAGGAAACAAGACUUUUAGAGAUGUUAAAAAGUUGGACUGAUUUUUUAUGAAGUAGUCACUUCAUUGUCUUUUCAGCACAAAACAAAGAAAGCUUAAGCUAGAUUGUUCUUUUUUAUUAUCUCAGUUUCCCACGGCUGAGUUGUAU